AUGGGGAAGCCGAUUCUUCCUCUGCCAAAAGAGCGACUGUCCCUCCCCCACCGUGUUAGCUGUUUCCUACAGCUCUGGCUGCUCAAGUCUCUUGCCAGCCUCUACUUCCUUUACCUACGCCUAUUCCACCCCCCAAAGCCGGGUACCCAGCCAACCCUCACCAAGCGAUAUGCCUGCCGCCCAACCCUGGAAACCCGCAUCUUCUACCCUCGCUCAUACAGCCCCGCCCAGCGCAAACUCCUCCCACUUUACCUCAACAUUCACGGCGGGGGCUUUGUACUCUGUGACGCCACCGUCGACGACCCCUUCUGUAGCGCUUGGGCCAACCGCACUGGAAUGCUAGUCGUCAGUCUCGACUACCGCAAGGCGCCGCACCACCCAUUCCCAACAGCCAGCUUUGAUGUCGCCGAGUUAGCCAAAUGUGUGUUAACAGAUAACUCCCUCCCAAUUGACCACACGCGCAUCGCUAUCGGCGGCUUCAGCGCAGGCGGCAACCUCGCGCUGUCUGCCUCACAAUUUCCCGGUUUGAGAGGCCUGAUCAAAGCAGCGGUGAUAUAUUACCCGAUCGUGGAUUUUGGUCACCCACCUAAUGAAAAGCUAAAUUCAAGGCCAUACAAAGAUGGUCCGAGGGAGAGCCUGCAAAAUACCUCCUGGUGGAUAGACUGGGGAUAUGUGAGAGUAGGGCAAAACCGGAGGGAUCCACUGCUCAGUCCGUUGUAUGCGAGGAAGGAUGAGCUACCGCCGUGGAUUUAUAUGAUUGGGGCGCAGUGGGAUAUGCUCCGUUUGGAGACACAGCAGAUGAUUCAUGGGUUAGCCGGGCUAGAGGAUAGAGUUGGAGUGGAACAGGAGGAGGACUUCGAGGUGGGCAGGUAUAAGUGGACCUUGGCAAAGGGUUGUCCGCAUGGAUUUACCCACGAGUCGCCCGGACGCAAGAAGGGGGGAAAUACUGAAUUGCCCUUCAAUACUGAUGCCGUCGAGAUAAGCCUCAAAGUCAAGACCAUUUUCCGUGCCUUACUCAAGGAUCAUGAAGGUAACAAGCGAUCAUCUACUCUCGACCUGGACGAGCACCUGGAGAAUGAGGAGGCUAAUGGGUCUUUUUCCUUCUUUUCAGGUGGCCUGCCUUACUUCGCUGCUGAUCUGGUAAACCCCGGAAACAGAGGGCGACCGUACGGCACGAAUGUCAACCUGGCUGAGCGAAUGAUCGACAGCAACGGCCGAUUGGGAGUCCAGUACGACUACUAA